GUGCUCAAACAGAACUCGCAUCGUACGGUCCAACAACUUGUGCGCUGCGGCGGUCAACAACAACAAUAUUCAAACCGAAAGCAUUGUUCAACACAGACACACACAAAUACAAACACACACACCCUUAUAAAAAUACGCGAGGCCCAAACAAAACUGACAGGAAACACACGGAUACAUUUAUGAGCAAAGGACAAUUGUUGUCAAAUCGCAAAUCAAAAAAAUAAAUAAAAUUUAAUAAUAGCAAACAAAGUGAACCAGACGCAAAAUGCCAGCGGAAAAAUCAAUAUUCAAUCCGAAUCCGGCAAUUAGCCGCAAUGCUUACAUAUCCAGUUUUGAGGAGUACACGAAAUUCUAUCAGGAAUCCUUGGACAAUCCAGCGGAGUUUUGGUCGCGUGUCGCUAAACAAUUCCACUGGGAAACGCCCGCAGAUCCCACGAAAUUCAUGCAAUACAAUUUCAAUAUCUCCAAAGGACCAAUCUCAAUUAAAUGGAUGGACGGCGCCUCGACCAACAUCUGCUACAAUCUCCUAGAUCGGAAUGUGCGCAACGGACUCGGAGAUCAGAUAGCUUACUACUGGGAGGGCAAUCACCCGGAUGAUUAUUCACGUGGACUCACCUACCGCAAACUGCUCGAAGAGGUUUGUCGCUUCGCCAACGUGCUGAAGGAUCAUGGAGUGCAGAAGGGCGAUCGCGUCUCCAUCUAUAUGCCCAUGAUCCUGGAGCUGCCCAUUGCGAUGCUGGCCUGCGCUCGCAUCGGCGCCGUCCAUUCGAUUGUGUUUGCGGGCUUCUCGCCCGAUUCUUUGGCGGAGCGGAUGUUCGAUUGCAAGGCGAAACUGCUGAUUACGGCCGAUGGGGCUUGGCGGGGCGAGAAACCGCUGUACCUGAAGGCCCUGUGCGAUACGGCACUGGAAAAGGUCGAGGAGAUGGGCCACUCGGUGGAGAAGUGCAUUGUGGUGUCGCAUCUGAAGCGUGUGACACCCUGCCAGGAUAAUCAUGUGGAGCAGGACAUUCCAUGGACCGAUGAUCGCGACUACUGGUGGCACGAGGAGAUGGAGGACAAGGAGCCCGCCUGCUAUCCCGAAUGGAUGGAUGCCGAGGAUCCAUUGUUCAUGCUCUACACGAGUGGAUCCACCGGCAAGCCCAAAGGUGUGCUCCACACCACAGCUGGCUAUCUUCUGUAUGCGGCGACCACAUUCAAGAUUGUGUUUGACUACAAGCCCGGUGACAUCUACUGGUGCACGGCCGAUGUCGGCUGGAUCACCGGACACACCUACGUUGUCUAUGGGCCACUGGCCAAUGGCGCCACUUCGGUUAUCUUCGAGGGCACUCCAUUCUUUCCGGGCAAUGAUCGCUACUGGAGCGUCAUCGACAAGUAUAAGGUCACCCAAUUUUAUACGGCUCCCACAGCGAUUCGGGCGCUCAUGAAAUUUGGCGAUGCUCCGGUGCUCAAGCACAAUCUUUCCGGACUCAAGGUUUUGGGCAGCGUUGGUGAGCCAAUUAAUCCGGAGGCUUGGCUGUGGUAUUACCGCAUCAUUGGCAAGGAGCAGUGCUCCAUUGUGGACACAUUCUGGCAAACGGAGACUGGUGGACAUGUCAUUACGCCCCUACCAGGUGCCACGCCCAUGAAGCCGGGCGCUGCUUCGUUUCCGUUCUUUGGCGUCAAGGCCACGCUGCUGGACGAGUGCGGCAUUGAGAUCAAGGGCGAGGGCGAGGGCUACUUGGUGUUCUCGCAGCCCUGGCCGGGCAUGAUGCGCACUCUGUACAACAAUCAUGAGCGCUUCGAGGAUACAUAUUUCUCCAAGUUCCCGGGCUACUAUUGCACCGGAGACGGUGCCCGUCGCGAUGCUGAUGGUUAUUUGUGGAUAACUGGCCGCGUGGAUGACAUGUUGAACGUGUCCGGUCAUCUGAUGUCAACUGCCGAGGUGGAGUCUGUUCUCACGGAGCAUCCACGUGUCGCCGAAUCGGCUGUGGUCUCUCGACCCCAUCCCAUUAAAGGCGAGUGCCUCUACUGCUUCAUCACGCCCAAUGAGAAUGAGCCCUUCGAUCAAAAACUAAUUGCCGACCUCAAGAAGAUGGUGCGCGAACGCAUCGGACCCUUUGCCCAGCCGGAUGUCAUCCAAAAUGCACCCGGAUUGCCCAAGACGCGCUCCGGCAAGAUAAUGCGUCGUGUGCUGCGCAAGAUUGCUGUCAACGAUCGCAAUGUGGGCGACACAUCCACACUGGCCGACGAGCAGAUUGUGGAGCAGCUGUUCGCCAAUCGUCCCGUAGAGACCAAGUAAAUGGAACAAGUGCCAGAGUUACUCCAUUGGAUUCGCUUCUGAAUAGCCGCAUGAGUUUCUUUUGCUCCCUAAAUCUCAUUUUCUCUCUCUCUACUUAGCCAACGCAUUUAGGCUGGCACUUCACCGGUUUAUAUCCUAUAUGUAUAUAUAUAUAUAGAUAUAUACGUAUGCAUAAGUACGUGAAUCUUGUAAAUCUCCUCCCUCGCCCCUUACACCUACAUAAUACCUAAUGCUAACCCCCAAAUGAAAGUCCGGGCUUACGAAUAUUCCACAUAGUUUUUAAGUUGUGUGCGUAAGUAAUUGUUACAUCCCCGUUUUAUUUGAUAUACGACUUGUAUAUGUUGAUAUUUUCAAUGUGUCAAUAUUGGUUUUCUUCUGUAACGUAUAGAACAGGAAAAAAACAAAACUUUAUAUAUAAUAUGUAGUUAAUUUUAUGCUGAGCACGCACAUUUGUUCCCCAAAUUCAUUUCGUUUCUUUGUUGUAGUCUUAGCCUAAGUUCUUGCUAAAUUCGUUGUGAUACAAAUUUAAUUAUCGAUUAUUCAUGUAUUUUUAGUAGAAUUGAAUACAAAAACAAAUACAUAAAAAUAUAUAUACACAAUUUCACCAAUAUCCAAACAAAAA